AUGAUACUGCUCAUGCUAAUUUUGCCCGUUUUGAAGCUUUAUUUAGUCGGCUUGAAAGUCCUUCUCUACCAGCUUUUCAACAAAUCUUUCACUUUACCAGUUUUUCCCAAACAAAUUGGAAGGGUUGCCAUAGUGACUGGGGGUGCCAAAGGAAUGGGAUAUGAGACAGCGAGACAUCUGACAAGCCUUGGAAUGCAUGUGGUAAUAGCCGGGAACUCCGAAGAGGAGGGUCUGGCAGCUGUGAGGAAAAUCCGUGAGGAGAACAGCAAGGGAAAAGUGGAAUUUCAGUUCCUUGACCUGUCAUCACUGAAAUCUGUCCGUCAGUUUGUCCGGAUGUUUAAAGACAGGAGGCUUCCUCUGCACAUCCUUGUCAACAAUGCUGGUGUUAUGCUGGUCCCAGAGAGACAGACAGAGGACGGCUUCGAGCUGCACUUUGGCCUCAAUUACUUGGGUCACUUUCUGUUGACCAACCUCCUCCUGGACACACUGAAACAGUCCGGGAGUCAUGACUCCUGUGCACGCGUCGUCACUGUCUCUUCUGCUACACAUUAUGUGGGAGUUCUCAACCUAGAGGACCUCCAGAGCAGGUCCUGCUACUGUGCUCAUGGGGCUUACGCCCAGAGCAAGCUGGCGCUGGUCCUGUUCUCGUACCACCUACAGCAGAAGCUCACCGCAGGGGGUUUCCCAGUGACGGUGAACGUGGUGGACCCGGGCAUGGUCAACACGGACCUGUACCAGAACCUGUGCAGUCCUGCUCAGCUGGUCAAGAGGCCUGUGGCCUGGUUACUUUUCAGGACCCCAGCUGAGGGAGCUUCCACCGCCAUCUAUGCGGCUGCCUCACCCACAAUGGAGGGCGUGGGGGGUUGCUAUCUGUAUAACGGACAGAGAGCACAGUCGUCUAUCAUCUCCUAUGAUGAGGACCUCCAGGCUCAACUGUGGAGGCAGAGUUGCACCCUCGUGAGUUUCCCCGUUGAAGACUAUGGAGAAAAUUGAGUACUUCCCCCCCAACCAUUACUUCAUUAAAAACUCACCAGAAGAAGCCUGCUUUUUGCCCUCCACCCUAGAAGAUAGGAACCCAUUUCCAUUUCCGUACAAGGUGACUCAAAAAGAAUUGAAACAAUCUUAUGAAUAAAUAAAUCAGACACUGUGGUUUCAAAUCAUUCUCUUAAAGAUUUCCUUAGCAGUGUGAUCUCUGGCACACGUUAUGAACUGAAGCAGCGAUGCUUGCCGUCCCAGAAUCCUGAAAUCCGUAAAGACGCAAGCAAUUAAACAGCGGGGAGCGUGUGGACCAUUGCUGUGGUGGUAACUUCCAACCUUCAUGAGAAGAUCCACUCUACCAUUCUCCUCAGUUGCUCAACCUGGUCACCAGUAUCUGUGAACAGCCAUGUUAAGAUGCAACACAAACUGAUAAAAAAAAAAA